AACCUGCCAACCUCUCUCACAUCUCCACAGCAAGAGAAGCCUCCAAGAGACGCUCCUCUCUGUUCGUUCUGCUCCGCUAUCUGCUGUUACUGUUCUCUCGGUUGUGUCUGCGCCGUGGCCUACAGGAUCAAUAUGUCCAAUAGCCGGGAAGCGAAAGCGAAAUCCUUGUUCGCCAGCCUACCAGGCUUUGAUCCAUCGCGCCACUUGGGCAAGGAUUUCAUUCCUACCAAGGAAUUUGUGGAGCAGCUUGUGGACAAUCGCAUUGCCUACCUGGAUGGCUUGUUGGAGAAAGAGAUACUUCCUGAAGGAUGCAUCAGUCGAGACUUCUUUGAACAAGCUGCUCUGCAAUUUCUUUGUGCCAAAAGAAGUAAAAACCCACCUCUCAGCCGCGAAGGAUUGAUCCUGCUCCUUACAAUGAUAUUCAAGACCAAUUUAACAGGCAACCAAGAGGCAAUGAAUUUUUACCAUCACUUUGACGACUCUGCUGUUCACUCUGCUGUUCACGAGAACAUGUUUCCGGCUCGAUCUACAUUGGCCUCAAAUCUGAAGAAAUUCUCCUUCGAGGUUGAGAAAGGCACGGUGAUAAUUCGGGGUGUGAGUGGCUAUGAAGUUCUUGCCUUGCAGAGUGUCUUCCCCCUGGCAAUCAUACACUACAAUAAGCACUUUCCUGGAAAGCCAUUCGGUAUAAGUCGCAUCGAGGAACUGGCUCGACACUUAAAAUACAGCAAGAUUGGCAUCACGGGAAGAAGGGGAAUACUUGGAUUCUUGGCGCCUUCUUCCCCCAACCCUCAAUAUCUGACCAAUGCAAAAGCUUCUGCUAAAAAACAAACCAAUGGACUAGUGCCAGGUCCGUCGAAGCAUCAGAUUGCUUCUCAGAGCCCAACAACGUGCCGCCCGAACGACCCGGAACAGGGCCCAACUCAUUCGGAGCCGGUGGGUCACUCGGCCGCCACAGCUACUCCAGAGCACUCCAAUCCCUUGGAACCUUACGCUUCGCUCAAGGCAGCUUUCGCCGUAGAGCCUCACAAGGCCGGCAAGACGACCGGGACAAAGCUGAUUACAGCCGCAGCAGGCGGUUCCGGCUCAUCUGUGAUUGGGGAACCGUCCGGUGCCAAUGAUGCUCACAUGUUCCAGCUCAAAGAAGCACUGCUAGCCUGCAAUCCAGCCAAACUUGUUCUUGCGGUCGCCUCAUCGGAUCCCAAGGAAUUGGACGCAAUUGAAAAGGUUGCGAAAGAACUGAUUGCGUUUGUCACGACAACAAAGGCCAUGCUGGGAGCAUUCAAAGACGACAAGACUGACGCCCGCAAAAGUCGACGAGCGGUGACAACUGGCCAGGAGUUCAACCAAGGCGAGAAACAUGCCUCUGUCAGUGAAACCCCCGACGACAAGGGCAAGGCUGCGGAACAGCAGAAGACGCGGCCAAACGAGAGUCAUGCCUCUGUCGGUGAAAACCCCGAAGAUGGCAAAGACCAGGAUCCGAAACAGCAUCAGGAUCGCCCAGACAAAUACAAGAAGAUCCCCGGCGCCAAGAGUAGCGCUACGAGCCAUCAAACCGCUCACCGUGUUGUUCCAGAGAACGAAUCCAACAACGACGAAUCCAAUGACGCUGUCAUUCACCCCCCUCGAGAAGGGCCCCAUCAGGAAUGCACGGAGGAAGCUAGCAGUGGUGAUCUACCAAUGGAGGAUUGUGGGCUCAAUCUGCCAGCCACUGGUGUUUCGGAGAAUAAAUUCACCGACGAUGGCACUACUGGACUAAUAGCUGUGAAGAAGAACGUUUUUGGGCUUAUCCGGCCAUCGUCUACUGACACAAAGAACCAAUCCAAUGACAUGCAUCAGCCUCGAGACGGGUCAGGUCUGGAAACGGACAAGCUGGUUUCUGCCACCGCGGACCAGCCGGUUGCUGCCUCACCGUUUUGCAACCAAACCGGCCAGAAGCGUGUUGCCAAGGAAGUGCUCGAGUCGACACCCCCAAAACGACGAUCUGUUUCUCAUUCGGCGGUUCCCGAUAGCCAAGCUGCUACCACCAGCCCUGAUCUUUCUAAUGGCCAAGUUUCUGAUCAUUCGGCUGUUCCUGAUAGUCGAGCUACCACCAGCCCUGGCCUUUCUAGUGGCCAAGCGGACAAUAUUGUUGAUGUUUCGGCUGUUCCCGAUAGUCGAGCUGCUACUGGCAGCCCUGAUGGCAGCCCUGACCUUUGUACUGACGAAGCCGACAACAAUGUUGAUCAUUGCAGCCCUGACCUUUCGGCGGUUCCCGAAGCACGUCGCGUUGCAGAAGAAGGAAAACUGGCAACUAGCCAGCUCUUGCACUCUCACAUUGGUUUCACUCGAAAGGAAAUCAACCAGAAUCAAGCCUGGAAAGCAAUUGGCCUUACGAAAAAGUUUGGAUCGGGUGCUGGACUUGCUCCCAACUUGGCGUACCUGUCCGUGGAGGCUGGGCAAGUAGCCCUAGACGAGGACACUCCUGGAAUGCUGACCGUUACGUUUCUGCUUCCAGGGCCCGAACGCAUCAAGAUAAAGGAGCAACUUGAUUCUCUGGAAAAGCCUAUUGCACUCUUUUGGACGGAGUCGCAGCUUGAAUCCGGCGAGAGACUCUGGCACUACAUUGGCCAUUACCAGUGCGAAAAGAUUUGUGAGGAAGAAGUUACAUUUUCUGCAUCCUUUUGCUGGAACAAGUUCCAUGAAAAGGUGGCCACCAAGCUGGACGAGAUUGCCGCUGAUGGGGCCACUGUUGCUUGCUGCUCACACUAACUAGAGAUCGGCACCCUUGGGGCAAAGAAGAAAUCGGUGCAAUUGGGAUGAAGAAUCUUUCUGACAAACCAGGACUCUAUGCAAGACCAGGUAGGUCGCGGCGAGCUCAUUUGAAGAGGUUCAUGUGAGCUAGCCCGGUUGACGGACACCAUAUACAUACAUACAUACAUACAUACAUAUUAUAGUUUGAAGAGAUAUAAGAAACCCGUUGAGUAGGCAAGGACUUGGCGAACGUAUCUAGCUAGACUUUACAUCAAUGUCAUAGUUGGUGGCAGAGCCGUACGCUGUAUUUCCAC